GAGCCCACCAGCGGGGACUAGGCCGGGGGACCCCAGCGGGAGGGGCGGUGGCCUGGCGGCGGUGGAGAGAGCUCACCGGAGCGCAGCGCCUGCGCUCAGGGCUCCAGACAGCCCAGCGUGGAGACGGCCGUGGUCAGAAGGUCAGGGCCGCGCCGCGGGACUUUCCUGGGGUGGGGGUGGAGGACCUGGGAACAACGCUGACCUUUAACUUCCCAGGUCAGACCACCCCGCGCUGCCUCCGGCGCAGGGAACCCACCCUGAGCUAG